CUGCCACCUACACACCGAAAGGCUUUUCAUUGUUGCUUUGUGUGCUCUGAUUCUCUCGGUUUCUCUGUUCUGCGUCUGCGUCCCGUUUGCGUGGAUAAAAAGAUAGAAAAAAGAAAGAAACGAACGCUAUUCGGUCAGAUCGUAUACUUAUAAAAUGUCUCGCUGUGCGUACCUGCUUUGUUUGCUGUUCUUAGCUUCCAGUUGCCUGAUUUCCAGUGCGAGCGCAGGGCGAAGUAAUUAUGGCAGGAGAUACAAAACGACCGAAGCGCCCACCACCACCACGCCCCCACCGACGCCAAAGGAAUAUCUCGACAGUCGGGCAGGAAUCUCGACAUUCGGGAUCAUCGCCAUUAUCUUCACUGUAAUAGUUAUCUGCCUAGUUUUCUACUACGGCAUUAUCUGCUACCCCCUGCUCUGUCGGGACGAGAAAAAGUAUCGCUUCAUGGACGUGUCCUCUACAAUUACGGCGGCAACCUCGCGUUCCAUUCAAUCUAUAGAGAACUAUCCGGACCAAAAGCACCACCAUCAACUGGCCUGAUUUACGAUAUAUAGGCUUCCGAUUUAGUUGUACUUAAAAAAAAAAGACUUUGACAUCCUGCAAGUAACGAAAGCAUAAAUAUGCUUAGCGAUUUCAAGCUUCAAAGUAUCUGACAAGAAUCUUUUUUCCUUACAGU